AUGCAGCUGGUUGAUCGCUUCGUGGCUGCCAUCACGUAUGUGGUGAGCUUCCUAACAUUCCAGCCUGGGAGUACACCAGGUUUGCAGCUACAGCAGCCCCUCAUCCCACAUCACCCUCAUGGAGGAGAGUAUGAAGCACUCCGGGGACCCAUUUUCAAACCUCCAGGUGGUAGACCAAAUGGUCCGGGCUCGGACUUCCAGUGUGACUACUCCAAUAUGCCUGGCUUCACCAGCUGUUCAACAGCCGAGAAUAGAUCGUGUUGGCUACGAAACAGCAAGACGGGCUUUGAGUACAACAUACGGACAAACUAUGAGGACACAAAUCUGACACCAGUUGGCGUCCACCGAACGUACUACCUGAACUUGACUGACACUGGUUACAAUGCGGAUGGGCUGCCAUUCCCAUACGGCAAGCUUUUCAACUCGACAUACCCUGGACCCUGGAUUCAAGGCUGCUGGGGCGACAACAUCACCGUCGUGGUAACGAAUAAGCUCAAGCACAACGGCACAUCUGUACACUGGCACGGAAUAAGGCAAUGGUUCACGAUGCACAUGGAUGUUGUCAAUGGAGUGACCCAAUGCCCUAUUGCGCCCGAGGAUAGUUUCAAUUAUACUUUCCGCGCAAUGCAGUACGGGUCAUCAUGGUACCAUAGCCACUACUCGGUACAGUACGCCGACGGAGCUGUCGGACCUAUGACGCUACACGGCCCAACAUCAGAGCCGUUUGACGAGCCUAAGCUACCAAUCCUGAUGACAGACUGGGGCCACAAUAGUGCUUUCGAAGCAAGCUUUACCACCCUAGCAAACAAAAGCAUAUUGCUCAACGGCGUUGGCGACGUUACUCGUUACAACAACUCCGUCAAAGCGACUCUAAGAAUUCCCGAUGCCUGGACACUCAACUUUGAGCGGCCGUCGCCAGGGGUACGCGCGAAAAGGUAUCUGUUGCGUCUCAUUAAUACGUCCUUCGAUUCCACGUUCGUUUUCUCCAUCGACGGCCAUGUCCUUCAAAUAGUCGGCGCAGACUUCGUACCUUUGCACUCGUACACGAAUACGUCGGUCUUAGUUGGCAUAGGACAGCGUUAUCAUGUCAUUGUGACGGCGCUCGAAAAGCCAGAGGAAGACAGCUACUGGAUCCGAACAUACAAGGCCAAUUGCUUCCGCUUCACGCAGGACAAAGCCAGUAAAGGCUACGAGACCACCGGCGUCCUGCGCUAUGGCGGUGACCCAAAGGUCCUUCCUGUCAGUCAGCCAUGGCCUGUCGGAAGCAGUGUAUCCCUCGACUGCUCUGACGAAACCUACUCGAGCCUGAAACCUAUCCUGGAAUGGCAGGUUGGCAAAGCAGCCAAUGAUCUCCUUGGCGGUGUUGGUCAGAAUUUCACUGUACAGGGCGCGUCUGGUAGCAGCAUAUAUCCUUUGGCGUUCUUCUCCAUGGGUGGUGACAAUUUCAAUCCAUUCAGAAUUGACUAUGGAGAUCCUACAUUCAACCAUCUCAAUAAGACGGGCGCGUGGAACCCGAUGUGGGUGGUCAUACCCGAGACUUAUGGUGACAAGGACUGGGUAUAUCUGGCUAUCCAGGGGGUCAAACUUACAGGUCGCACAACAGGGGCUCAUCCGAUCCAUCUCCACGGUCAUGACUUUGCCAUUCUACAACAGAUCGGAGCCCGCGCCUUCCCAGCCGGCCUCAAUCUCACACUCAACAAUCCGCCACGCAGGGACGUCGUUCUCCUUCCACAAGACGGCUACGUCGUCAUUGCCUUCAAGACCGACAACCCCGGUGCCUGGCUCGUACACUGCCACAUCGCGGACCAUGCUUCAGCUGGUCUGGCAAUGCAGAUCAUGGAGCGGCAGAAGGAUGCGGCGAAUAUCUGGCCAAGUCUGAACACAAGUGCGGCGCUGAGAGAGACGAAGAGGGUUUGUGGCAACUGGAACCAAUGGUGGGGCCACUGCGAGAACUGGUGGCCCGGCGAUGGAACCUUGCCGGUGGGCGUGUUGAGGAGCGAUUGGAAAAGUCAUCCGGACUCAAAACGGCCAAUUUCUCCUAUGACCUGGGUCAGGAAGCCCAUAUUUAUCUGUGACGGCGAUUAA